AUGUUAUUCCAUCGAGCUUGGAACUUGGACUAUUCUGAGGCGCAGCAUCGCGAUAUGAUGACCGGCAAACACAUAGUACGUGAUGUGAAGUGCAGAAUUUGUCAUGAGAGAGUUGGCUGGAUGUACGAAUUUGCAAUGGAGGAGUCACAGCGUUAUAAAGAGGCUCGUGUGAUUUUGGAGAAAGCACUUGUUGAUGAAGAGGACGGUUUUCCAGAUCCAGCCGGAGCUCUGGAAACCCAUGAGCAGCCUCCCUCGUAUGAGUUUAAUGUUCAUAUAUAUGAAUUGAUACUUUCGAAUAUUAAUUAUGUAUUACGGGUUGUUUGA